GUCCGAGUGUUAUACACUGAGCCUUGGGAGGAGUCUAAAGAGGUCGACCUCCACGCCCACAUGGAGCAUUGGCCGCAGCUCAAGCAGCAACGCUGUGUCCAAGGGAGCGUGGAGCUGACUUUCUUUAAACUGCUCAUGAACCGCCGAUACAUCCGCGUGCUGAUUGACAGUGGUUCGACCACUAACUUCUUCUCUCCGAACGGGAUUCGUAAGGCGGGCCUGAGUAUGAAGCAAGUGGAACUGCAGAACCCUUGCCGGACUCAGGUGGGCAACCAAGAGGUUGUCACUUCCACUCAUGCUGUCAAAGGUGUGCGCAUCGCCUUUGACAAAGACCGCACUGUCACACACGAGCUGAAUUUCUAUGUCUUGGAUAAGUGUCCUUUCGACGCGGUCAUUGGCUUGGGCUGGCUAAAAGCUCAUUGCCUAAGGACCAUGUGGGCGAACAAUCAGUUCGUGGUACUUGAUGCCAAGCGGAACGAGCGUACCGUCUUACUAGAUGAGACGCGCGAGUCCCCUGUGACUCUUCUAAGUGCUAACAAAUUCUGCAGAUCAGUGCGCAGGCGCAAGGAGGCUGGGUUUGUACAUAUAGCUCUUGUAAAGCCUUUCCAUGUGCCUUCUACUUUUCCUGCAUUUUCUACCUCUGAAGGUAACUCUACCUCUACUACUUCUACUUCUGUUCCACCUACUUCUGCUGUAAAUGAUCGAUCUAGUGCGGAACCAAAUAUUUCGAAACUGGUUGUAAUUGUUGUAAAUUCCCAAUCUGAUUUUCUCUCCCCUGAUGAGAAUCAUCCUCCACCAGAAAUCCCAGCGAACAUUCGUCAUCUGUUAGAUCGAUUUCCUGAGGUAUUGGCUGAACCCCGCAGAGUUCCCGAGCGUCCAGUCAAGCACAAAAUCGAGAUAAUAGAGGGAAGUGUUCCUCCAAAGGGCUGUGUCUACCGUAUGGGACAAGGCGAGUUGGAGGAGCUACGGAGACAAAUUGAUGACAUGAUUGAUCGUGGAUGGAUUAGGCCUAGCGAGUCUGAGUUUGGCGCACCUGUUUUGUUUGUGCCGAAGAAAGGAGGCAAACUUCGGAUGUGCAUUGAUUAUCGUGGUUUGAACCGAAUCACAAGGAAGAAUGCCUACCCUUUGCCUCGUAUAGAUGAUCUGUUGGAUGCGGCCGGUGGAUGCAAAGUCUUCUYYRAGAUCGACCUCAARUCUGGCUACCACCAGAUUGAAGUUGAUCCGAGCGACCAGCACAAAACUGCGUUCAAGACACGUGAUGGGCUGUACRAAUUCAUCGYUAUGCCCUUCGGCCUUACGAACGCACCAGCCACAUUUYARUCYYUCAUGGACRAGGUACUCCGCYACCAACUUAAYAGGUUUGUGGUUGUGUAUCUUGAUGRCAUUCUGAUUUUCAGCAAGUCCAUGGAGGAGCACGUCAAGCAUCUCGAGGAGGUCUUGCAAGUCCUCAAAGACGCUCAACUGCACCUCAACUUGGAGAAAUCUGAGUUUGGCAGGGACAGCGUUAUCUACCGUGGGCACCGGUUGUCUGCAAGCGGUCUUGAGCCGGAGGCAACCAAGGUUGUGGUCAUUCGCAACUGGCCUCAACCGGCGAAUGUACGCGAGCUGCGUUCUUUUCUUGGUUUGGAUUCUUACUACCGGAAGUUUGUGCCUAAGUUCUCUGUCAUUGCUCACCCACUCUCACGCCUGACUAGUAAGAAUGUUGCCUAUGGGUGGUGUGAAAAGUGUGAGACUGCGUUCCAAGCCUUGAAAGAGGCUUUGGUGAGUCAUCCUGUGCUCCGCAUUGCGGAUCCCAACCUCACGUUCGUAGUUACUACGGACGCGAGCCAGUUUGGGAUUGAUGCAGUGCUGCAACAAGAUGAUGGCGAUGGUCUGCGUCCGCUUGAAUAUUACAACAAACGCAUGCCCAACCACAAGGUAGCCACUUCCACAUACAUGCGGGAGCUCUACGCCCUGCGCGAGGCGCUAACGCAUUGGAAGCACUACCUCUUGGGUCGCCACUUCAAGGUCUAUUCAGAUCAUCAGACCUUGCAAUGGAUUAAGACACAAACUGAUCUCUCUCCAACUCUGACCCGCUGGCUGCAUGACAUUGAUGUUUUCAAAUUUGAACUAAAACAUAAGAAAGGCUGCUAUAAUCGUGUUGYUGAUGCUCUGUCGCGCCAUCYCGAGUAUUUGACUUGCCUUGUGGACUCGUACGACCUCCGGAGGAAACUGAAGGAGGAUCUGGUCGAGCACACUGCCAAGGAUCCGAACCUUAGUCCCAUCCUUGAGCAGCUCAAGGAUGACCCCAACAGUCAGCCUGAUUUUCAUGAAUGCGAGGGUCUUGUGUUUCGCCGGUAUGGAAAGUUUGACCGUUUGUGUGUACCCAACCAUGCGCCUCUCCGAACUCACUUCUUGGAUCUGGCGCACGGUCGGAGUGGACAUUUUGGCUUUGAGAAGACUUAUGGAAGUCUUCUGCAACAAUUUGACUGGCCAGAAAUGAAAGGAUCUGCUUAGAAAUUUAUUGUUGAAUGUCAAUCUUCCAUGCCUCCAAACUGUUCCCACACAUUGAUGAUGAGACUUUUCCCUUCCGUGAUCCUAUGAUACCUCGCCCUAUUGACGGCGGCCAUGAGAUUGACAGAAUCGUUUCUCACGAGGGGAGAGGAAGGAACAGACAGUACAAAGUUAAUUUCCUCUACCACCCGUUGAACGAAUUCUUCUGGAUCGAACGGAAAGAACCGAUAAAGAGUGCUCCACGUG